AAGCAUAUAUGUACUGAAGGGCAGAGAAGGGCCAUGAAGAAUGAUGAACUAAACUGCCUCUUUCCCUGAACUCUUUUUUCCCUUCCCUUCCUGCACCGCUUUCUUGUAGAAUUUGCGAUUCUCAGUCGGCCUGAGCCGACUGGGUGUACUAUACAACGCGCUCCAACUCCGAAAUUUCUAUCGAGCUUCAAUAGUAAGUAUUUCUAUGCUAAAACCCAGAUAGCUUGAGCACCAACAAGAAUCAAGAAAUGGGUGGAGCGGAUGACCUUUUCGGAGGGGCUGGUCUCGGACUAGCAUUCAGUAUGCUGUAUGAUGCCCUCAAGGAGCUGAUCACCAAGAAUGUAAUGUUUACGCCCCUCCUCAAACGCAUCGAAUCCAAGUUAGACCUUUUGGCACCAUUGUUGAAAGAUAUAGAAGAAUCCAACAAGAAAUUGGAUCUUCCGGUCGAGGAACUGAAAAAGUUAAAAGUACAUUUGGAGGAGGGCAUACAGCUCCUUCCAAAGUGCGAAAAGACUCAAUGGUGGAGCGUAGCCAAAAGGUACAAAUACGCCAACAGGCUGAUUGAAUGGAAUGAAUCUCUUCAACAACAUUUGGAAAUACUAAACGUUCAGGGAAUAAGGGAUGUGAAGGACAUUGCAGUUACGGUGAAGAUUAUAGAGGAGGCGGUUGGAAGAAUUGAAUUGAAUCAGGUGAUCCCAAAGCAACUCGAUUGUGAAGCCUUCUGCGCAGUACCUGAACUUCCGCCGCUUGUGGUUGGAUUGGAUUUUCCUCUAAAGGAAUUGAAGAGGAAGCUUCUAAAGGACGAAAAUGUGUCAAUGGUUGUGCUGACUGCUCCCGGAGGAUGUGGAAAAACAACUUUGGCUACAAAGUUCUGUCAAGACAAGGAUGUCAAAGAUACAUUCAAGGAUAAUAUCUUCUUUGUCACGGUUUCAAAAAAGCAUAAAUUGGAAAAUAUUGUUCAAGAUCUAUAUCAACGCAAGGGUAUCCAGGUACCUCCUUUCCAAAACGAAGUUAGUACAGUGACAUUGCUGCAACGUUUUCUGAAGCAAGAAGGGCAGAAUCCUAUACUGAUUGUCCUGGAUGAUGUUUGGUCUGGAUCAGAAUCCCUUCUGGAGAAGUUUGAUCAAUUCAAAACGGAAAAUUACAAGUUUUUGGUGACAUCUAGGUCUGAAUUUCGGGGAUAUGGUUUCCCUUGUUCUUUGCAACCAUUGAGUCAUGACAAUGCGAUGAAACUUUUUGAUCAUUCAGCAUCCCUUGGAGAUAAGAGCUCUCAUAUUCCAAAAGAUCUUCCAGAAAAGAUAGUUGAGCGUUGCAAGGGCUUUCCACUUGCUAUUACAGUGGCGGGGAGAUCGCUUUGCGGGCAGCCUAUAGAGAUAUGGCAAAAAAGGGAACUUGACUGGUCUAAAGGUUUUACUUUUCUUGAUUCAGAGACUGAAUUGCUUUUCAUCCUUGAACAAAGCUUGGAUGCCUUGGAUAAAGAAAUGGUUGCCAUCAAGGAAUGUUUCUUAGACUUAGGUGCAUUUCCGGAAGACCAAAGAAUCCCUGCUGCGGCCCUCAUUGAUAUCUGGGCAGAGUUAUAUGAUUUAGAUACAGAUAUAGAGUGCAUUGCAAACCUCCACAAGCUCACCGAACGAAGUCUGGCUAAUCUUGUUGUUACAAGGAAGGACAAGAUUGAGGGGGACGGGUAUUAUAGUGAGCACUUUGUUACCCAGCAUGAUGUUCUUAGGGAACUGGCUAUCUACAACACAAAAAAAGGACCAGUAGAACGUAGAAAAAGACUGAUUAUUGACAUAUGCGGAGACAAACUUCCAAAAUGGUGGAGAGAACAGAAGCAGAUGAAGGCCCGCUUAUUAUCCAUAACAACUGAUGAAGGGUUUUCAACAAAAUGGCCCAACUUGCAAAUGCUAGAAGCUGAGGUUUUAGUAUUGAAUUUUCAGACAGAGAACUAUGCUUUACCAGAUUCCAUGGUGAACAUGGGUGAAUUGAAGGCUGUGAUAGUCACAAAUUAUGGUUUCUUACCUGCUGAAUUGAGUAACUUCCAACUUUUGAGUUCAUUACCAAAUCUUAAGAGAAUCAGAUUAGAACGCAUCUCAAUUCCUUCCAUAACUAAGAAUCCCAUACAAUUGGCUAGUCUGAAGAAGAUAUCCUUGUUCAUGUGUAACAUUGAUCAAGCUUUCAACAACUGUUCCAUCUCAAUCUCAUCAGCAUUCCCAAAUCUAGAGGAAAUGAACAUCGACUAUUGCAGUGAUUUAAUUGAAUUGCCUGCCGAGGUUUGUGAUCUUAGUAAACUAAAGAAGCUCAAUGUCACUAACUGUCAUAAGCUAUCUGCCUUGCCUGAAGGGAUUGGAAAGUUGAAAAAUUUAGAAAUGUUGAGGCUAAGAUCCUGCACAGAACUGUUGGAGCUUCCAACCUUGAUGAAGAACCUUGGAAAGGUACACUUUCUUGACAUAUCUGAUUGCUUCAGCAUCAAGGUGUUGCCCGAAGAUAUUGGUGAAAUGAGUGGUUUAAGAAAGAUCAACAUGAGACAAUGUUCAAGGUUCCAGGAGCUGCCUCCAUCAGUCAAGGGUCUUGAGCAGUUAAAGGAAGUGGUCUGUGAUGAAGAGGCAAAAUAUUUAUGGGAAUCAUUCUCGUCGUAUCUGAAAAACGUAAGUAUAAUUGUGGCCAAAGAGAAUAUCAACCUAAAUUGGCUCCACAAGACUCAGUGAACGUUGCUCUUCACCCUCUGUGUGAUUUAUGUUUUUGGUGGGACCUUUUACACAGUUUCUCGACUUUUUUUGUUACCUUAGCUAUGGCCAGGGUCGGUGGCAGUCCCCUCCCCUUCUCCUUUUCUUUUAUGUUUCCUUCUCUUUCCUUGCUUUCAGCUUGUUUUUUCUUUUGUUUUUUAGGCUUGCUACCCCCUUACUUCGUCCCAUCUCUGUUGCCCUUUGAUUGUCCUCACUCCUCAGCCCUCCUUUCCAUCUCUUCCGUCCUUCCCCCUUCCUGUUUCUCCUCUUUCCCUUUCAUCCCUUUUCCCGUUUCCUUCCAUUUUCCCUUUACUUUGCUACUCUGUCAUCCAUCCCCUUUCCUAUUUCUCCUCAGUGCCACCAUUUAGAUUUGCAACCACUAAUUUUACCCGCAAACUUCCGCAAUUCUCUUGGAAGGUGAGUAUAGCUCCUGCUCGGGUGUUCCCGCCACCUCCGUCUGUGUGCCCUCGUUGGCAUUGUUGCUUGUGGGUUCCUUCUUCUGGCAGGCUUCCUUUGUUCCUUCGAUUGGUGGCUGCAACUUUGGGGUGCUCUUUGGAGUAACGCGUCUUCUGUUCCUUCACUUCUGGGUCGGCUUUUCUUGGCUGGAUUUCAGGCGGUUGUUGGGGUCUCCGUUUGAGGCGUUCAGGCUGCAGGUUUCUUUGGUGUGUUUUUCGGUUUUUCUGAAUUGGGCUCACUCAAUACUUUGUGUUGGGCUAAGGGUUACCAUGGAGGUCCAUUUUUUGUUUGUGUUUCGUAUGUGGGCCUCUUCUUCUGUAAUGUAUUGUGUUGGUAAUAGAGUAACCUUUUACCAAUAAAUAAAUAAAUUUAUGUGGGAUUCAACAA